UCCGAUUCUGUAUAAACUGCCUCUUUUCCAACAAACUUAAAACAACACAGGACAUCAAAAUGUCUUCGCAACCGACAGUGAAUGGACUGAAUGGCAGUCACUAUAAAGAAAUCAAUCAACAUUAUGCAGAGGAAUGCAGCCAGGAUGACAUCGGAACAUUUUUAUUUACAUCAGAAUCUGUAGGCGAAGGCCAUCCAGAUAAAAUAUGUGACCAAGUAAGUGAUGCUGUCCUCGAUGCACAUCUCAAACAAGAUCCAAAUGCAAUGGUAGCAUGUGAAACACUGGCAAAGACUGGUAUGAUAUUGGUGGCAGGAGAAAUCACAUCAAAAGCAAACGUUGACUAUCAGAAAGUUAUUCGUGACACAAUCAAACAAAUAGGAUAUGAUGAUUCAGCCAAAGGAUUUGACUAUAAAACUUGCAAUGUUUUAAUUGCUUUAGAACAACAAAGUCCUGAUAUUGCUCAGGGCGUACACGUAGACAGAAACGAGGAUGAUAUUGGUGCAGGAGAUCAGGGAUUGAUGUUUGGUUAUGCUACAAAUGAAACAGAAGAAUGCAUGCCUUUAACAGUUGUCUUGUCACAUCAGCUCAAUGCUAAAAUUGCACAGCUACGCAGAAGUGGAGAAUUGGCAUGGGCAAGACCAGAUUCUAAAACACAGGUUACCAUUGAGUAUCAGUAUGUGAAAGGUGCAUGUAUUCCACUGAGAGUUCACACUGUUGUCAUUUCAUUACAACAUGACGAAACAGUAACAUUGGAAAGACUGAGGACAGAAUUAAUGGAAAAAGUUGUCAAACAAGUUAUACCAGAAAAAUAUGUUGACAGUAAAACAGUAUAUCAUAUUCAGCCAUCAGGAAAAUUCAUAAUUGGAGGUCCACAGGGUGAUGCUGGUUUAACUGGAAGAAAAAUUAUUGUUGACACGUACGGUGGAUGGGGUGCUCAUGGUGGUGGUGCAUUCUCUGGUAAAGAUUUCUCUAAAGUAGAUAGAUCUGCUGCAUACGCUGCACGAUGGGUAGCCAAAUCUCUUGUCAAAGCUGGUCUGUGUAAACGUGUUCUUGUUCAGGUGUCUUAUGCCAUUGGUGUUGCUGAACCAUUAUCCAUUACAGUGUUUAGCUAUGGUACAUCAAAUAUGUCAGAAAAACAACUCUUAGAAAUUGUCAAGAAAAAUUUUGAUCUUCGACCUGGUGCUAUCGUAAAGGAACUUAAUUUGAGACGGCCAAUCUAUCAGAAAACUGCCUGCUAUGGACAUUUUGGUCGACCUGAAUUUUCUUGGGAAGUUCCCAAGAAGUUGAAAUUGUAACAAAAAUUAUAGAACAUUAUUUAUUUUUUUAUUGUUUUUGUUGUGAAAUAAGAACGGAUUUCCAGAAAAGGGUUUUGUAACUCAUCCAAUUAUCGAAAAAAUGAAAUCCAAUCAUUGCAAAUUGUAAUUGACCAAAUAUUGACAGGGAAAGAUGAAAGUAUUCAAUGCAUAGAAAGUGUUCAAAAGAUUUGAAACUUGGUAUUUUAACUAUGACAAAUUUCAGUUUUAUAUGAUUCUUGUUUGUAAUAUUUUUAUUAAGUGAUUUACAAAGAAAAAACAGUUUUAAACUGAGUUAUUCCCCCUUUCUGGAAAUUUGUCACUGUCAGAGACGUUACCACAGUAACUAGAGGGAUAGUCUGACUGAUAUAUUUUUCUGUUAUUAACAUCACUCAGAUUUUGGUUGCCCUUUAGUUAGUGCAAAUGUGAUUUUCUAUGGACUUUUUGUAUACAUAUUUGUCUUGUGUUUAUGAAAAUUCAACGGAAAAGAGCACUUUUUCUAAACACUCGGGUCCAACUCUCUGACAGUACAAUCGCGAAUCAUUCUACAAUUUUAAAAAGCAUCAAAAUGUGUUUGUAUUUAAUGUUUUAUGUCCCAGUUUUUUUUAUUAUAUAGAUGAUUUUGUUUAUAUUUGAUAUUUUCAUUGUUUAUGUCAAUGUAGUUUUAUAAUAAGAACUUGUACUGCCUUAUAAGGGCAUAUCUGCAUUGUUGUAUCUCAAAUUUUUAGCCACAUCAACAUUCUGUAUUGCACCAAUUAAGAUAAUCAUGACUUAUUCCUUAACAUUUAAUUUUAAUUAGAUGGCACUGUUAUUUAUGAGUACCUUUUCUGUGCAUGCAGACAGGUGCUUGGUGACAGUGUAUUUAAUUUUAUUGUAUUUCUGUAAGAUGUGUACAUCAAUUGUACACACUAUAAGUUUGAUCUCUAGUUUUACACAUGAGAGUUGAAGGGUACAUGUGAUCAACUGUAAAGUGCUCUCUUUAACAUCCAUUCCUCUAUAAACAUUUUAUCAUUUGUUACCCUUCAUACUCACCAUGUUAACAUUAUUGUUUGUUUUUUUACUAUAGUAGUAAAUAAUUGUAGUAAUCAUGUAUGUGGCAAUGUAUACCGAUAGGUGCAAUUUUAUUGUAUCAUACUUUGCUCAUUAUUUUAUAAGACUUUGUCCUAUGGGAUACACAAAAUGUUGUUAUUGCAGUACAAUGUGGGGUAUAAAUGAAUUGAAUAAAUGGGGGAAAAAUAAAAUAGUAAAAAGAUAAAAA